UAUUUCCUUCAAAACCUGCAAUAAUUAAAAGUCAUAAUAGUUGAUUGUAUUUAUCUAAUUUCAAGAAUGAAGUUUGUUGUGCUAUUUAGUUUGUUAUUUUUACUAGGUAUAAGUCAAGCACAAUUCAACGUCAGUGAAGAAAAUGAUCUGACACUACUGCAGUCUGAUGGAAGUAUUCAAAAAGAUCAAGGAAAAAGAAGAGUACUCAGGAGAGCCGUCAGAAAUGCUUUCACUGCUUUGGGCCAAAAAUAUUCUGCUCGUCUGGAAAAAAUAAUUAUCAACAAUUGUGAAACCAAUGGACAAUACGAAAUAGCGGAAAAAUUGCAGCCCUCUUUUGAUGAGAUGAAAGCAUGUCUCAGUAAGAAGAGAAUAUUCAGAAUACCCAGGGAUGAAUAUUUGGCGCAUAUUGAGGCAUGUAGGAGAGAGUCAAUAAAACUAUCUAAAAGUUGCCUAUCAGAAUCCCAACGUUAUUUCCCGGAUUUACAAUUAGAUAUAUCUAAAUCUCUCACCAACGUCUUGUAUGACGACUUCGACAUUUUAAGUAAUGACAUGGUCAAAUGUUUGCCUAAACUGAAAAAUAAAGAUGUGCUAACUAAUUAUGCGCAAUGUAUAAAGGAAGUUGCCGCUGCUAGAGGCGAUUCUAGUCAGAUACCAGACACCAAGAAGAAAUUUUGUCAGUCUUUCGUGCCACUUGCUAACUGUUUCACGAAUAUGAUAAAAGAUACCUGCGGCGACACACCUGGAAUAACGAAGUUUGGAGACGAUUAUAUCAAAGCUCACAAAGAUGUGUGUGAAGAAAAUGAAAUCUAACUUGCCAUUUUCAAUCAAUUUUUUGUAAUCGUAUUUACGUAUCGAAUAAAGUUUUUAUAACGUAAAAACC